AUAUAAUGUAUCAUAAUUUUAUGCAGUUUUCGUUGUAGAAAUCUAUAGACCACGUCGCUGUCAAGAGUUUCCUUCGAUUACAAUGUGAUUAAACAGUUGCGAGAUGCGAACAGCUUUCACCGAACUCUCGCAACGUGAAAUGCGGCUACAUGGUAAUCGGCAAAUUCACGUGACGAGCGGAGCGCAUCAUGGGGAAGUCGGGUCGCGGAAGAAUGUCUGAAGAAGAGGAGAGGAAUUUGUUCGAUAAGGUGCUUAAAGAGGACAAUGAAGAGGCUGCUAAUGAAGGAACAAAGUCUGACACCACUGAAGAUAGUUCUAGGGUUUGCGACUGCAUGCGAAUCGCCGAGCACUCGUCGAGAUUCUCGUUGCGAGUGAUGGAGGCGAUGCGAUCGCUGCAACGGAAGGAGGAUACGUUUCUGCCCAGCUGCACCGCGGAGGACAUAGUCCGUUAUAUCGAGGCGAAUUAUCGCGACGACGGUGACCUUUACGCUCAGGUGCGGACCGCGCUGAAACAGAUUCGUAAUGGAACUGUUGGAGAACGAGUACCACCUAGUGGGCCCAGACGCCAUUUCGAUGAACAGAGUCACACGCUCGAGCCGACGAGCCGAUUGCCUCUUAUCUUCAACGCCGAAACCUCCAGCGAAGCGUCAGAAGAAAGACGAAGAUGAUUGCACCUGCGAACCGUCCACCGAUGAAUCGAGAUCAAGGAGACGUCGGAAAUCUUCUCAGAAAACUGGCAGAGGAGCCAGAGCUACCAGACGAAAUCGUACCGCUGAAAGGAUCGAUGAUGUGGAAAUGGGAGAGGAUCAUGAAGAAGAAGAAGAUAUUAUCGAUCCAGACUACGAUGAUAAUCGUGAACCGAUAGGUGCACAAGGUUCGGCGAAAGCUGAAAUCGGAGAAGCCAGUACCAAGGAUUCAGGGAUAGCCCGGUAUUCCCCGUUAAAUUUCUUCAAGAGGAGAAACGAGAGCAAUCAAGAAAGAAGCUCGAGAAGGGAAAAUGGCGGCCGAAGGACGCGUGAGACAGCGAGGAAUGAAACAUCGAAGAAAUCGAAGCAGAACGAAGAGGAUAAUGUAACGGAGGAAACGCUGUCGGAUCGUUUGGAUGAUGUUCAUCAACAAUCGCAACAUCGUACUCAGAGGAGGAAAGAUAAUGAACGAGAGAAGGAGCUCAAACGAUGGAUAAAACAUUGCCAGGCGGAAUGCGUGCGACGAG